AUGGGGGAUAUUAGUGAGUUUGACUUGCAACUUCAUGAGUCCAUUGAGAAAGCUACCCUAUUCACCGUUAUCACACAACCUACAAUUGUCACACAAGUAGUGGAAGCACAAAAUGAUGGCCUGAAAGUUGAGACUAUUCGGGAGAGGAUCUCCAAGGGAAAGGAAGAGAAUGGUUUGAAUGUUUAUGUUGGUGCCAGUAUCAAACUCAUCAAGUCAGCUCAUUUUCUUGCCAUGAGUAUGGGUGAUUCUAUUGAAUAUUUAGUUGAACUUUACGUUCAUGAAAUUAUUCGACUCUAUGGAGUUCCAAUUGAUGGACAAUCCAAGUGUACCAUACAGACCUUAGAAGACAUGUUAAGAGCAUUUGUGUUAGACUUCAAAGAGUCUUGGGAGAAACACUUACCUUUAGUUGAGAUUGCUUACAACAAUAGUUACCAAGCUGGCAUUGAGAUGGCACCUUUAGAAGCUCUUUACGGACGUCCUUGCAAAUCAGCAGUUUGUUGGGCAGAAGUAGGGGAUUCACCUAUGCUUGCGCCCGAGUUGGUUUGCAAGACCAUCGAUAAGGUAGCUUUCAUUCGAAAGAGAUUAGUCAUGGCUCAAAGCCAUCAGAAAUGUUAUGCUGAUCGGAGACGGAGACUGUUGUCCUUUGAAGUAAAAGACAUAGGCUCUGUUUAG